GGGGCGCGAGAAGGGAGAGCAGGGUGGCUGAGGCAGUCACUCAAGAGAGUGAGCGAGUUCUUUAAAGAUGGCCGGAACGGCGGCGGCGAACGCGACCCCUGUGUAUUGCGUGUGCCGGGAACCCUACGAUGUGAACCGCUUCAUGAUCGAGUGCGACAUAUGCAAGGACUGGUUCCAUGGCAGUUGUGUCAGAGUAGAAGAACACCAUGCUGUUGAUAUUGAUCUUUACCACUGUCCCAAUUGUGCAGUUCUACAUGGACCCUCCUUAAUGAAGAAGAGGAGGAACUGGCACAGACAUGACUAUACAGAAUAUGAUGAUGGUUCAAAACCAGUUCAAGCUGGAACCCGAACAUUUGUUAAACAGCUACGUGCCCGUUCAUUCCCAAGUGCUGAUGAAAUCAUUUUGAAAAUGCAUGGAAGCCAAUUGACACAAAGAUACCUGGAAAAGCAUGGGUUUGACGUUCCCAUUAUGGUACCUAAAUUAGAUGGCUUAGGUCUCAGGCUCCCACCUUCUACGUUUUCUGUUCUAGAUGUGGAACAUUAUGUAGGUGGUGAAAAAGUGAUUGAUGUUAUUGAUGUGGCAAGACAAGCAGAUAGCAAAAUAAAGCUCCAUAAUUACGUCAAGUAUUUUACAAACCCUGAGAGACCAAAAGUAUUAAAUGUGAUAAGCCUUGAAUUCUCAGACACAAAGAUGUCUGAAUUAGUGGAAGUUCCUGAAAUUGCCAGAAAACUUUCAUGGGUUGAAAAUUACUGGCCAGAUGACUCGGUCUUCCCUAAGCCUUUUGUUCAGAAGUAUUGCUUAAUGGGAGUUCAAGAUAGCUACACAGAUUUUCAUAUUGAUUUUGGAGGUACUUCUGUUUGGUAUCAUGUUCUUUGGGGUGAAAAGAUCUUCUACUUGAUCAAACCUACUAAUGAUAAUCUGGCAAUUUAUGAAUCCUGGAGUUCAUCUGUUACCCAGAGUGAAGUAUAUUUUGGAGAUAAAGUUGACAAAUGUUAUAAAUGUGUUGUGAAGCAAGGACAUACCUUAUUUGUUCCAACAGGAUGGAUUCAUGCUGUACUCACUUCUCAGGACUGUAUGGCUUUUGGAGGAAACUUCUUGCACAACCUCAAUAUUGGCAUGCAGCUCAGGUGUUAUGAAAUGGAGAAAAGAUUAAAAACUCCAGAUCUUUUCAAAUUCCCUUUCUUUGAAGCCAUCUGUUGGUUUGUGGCCAAAAACUUAAUGGAAACUUUGAAAGAGCUGAAAGAAGAUGGUUUUCAGCCCCAAACGUUCUUAAUACAAGGAGUGAAAGCUUUACUUACUGCUUUAAAGCUAUGGAUGAAAAAAGAUCUUGUAACAGAACAUGCCUUUGAAAUUCCAGACAAUAUUAGGCCUGGACAGCUAAUUAAGCAACUUUCUAAAGUAAUUCGAUCUGUAGAGGAAGAGAACAACAAACCAAUAAAAACUCAGGGAACUGGUGUGUGUCAAGUUUCACGGUCAUCAAGUGAAUUGGCCUCCAUUCAUCAUUCCAGAAGAAGAGCAAGGAAGCUACGAGAUCAGUCUAUCAAAACACCUUCUAAUUUGGAUAUUCUGGAGCUCCACACAAGGGAAGUUCUUAAGAGAUUAGAAAUGUCCCCAUGGGAAGAGGACACAACAAAUUAUAAAUUGAAUGGAAGGUUUAACAAGCCACUUCAACCAUCUUCCACUGUUCCAGAAUGGAGAACAAAAGACAAUGAUUUACGGCUUUUGUUAUCAAAUGGAAGAAUAAUUAGAUUAUUUUCUGACAGAGAUGAACGGCAACCCUUCAGAGAUCCGAAUCUAUACACAGCAGACAGUGAAGAUGAGGAUGAGAAGAAAAUAACUAUUAAGACAGAAGAACCGAAGUCCCAGGAGGCAGAUGGCCAUGCAGAUACACAGAAACCACUGAACAUGUUUUUUGAAAGUGUGAAAUCAGAACUCAGGAAUGGCAGCUCAGAAUAUUCUGAUAUUUCUGAUUCAGAAGAAUCUGAACCUGAUUGCACUAACCAGCAAAAAGACUCCUCACUAGAGGAAUCAGAAAGCUCAGGAGAUGAUGAAAAACAAGAAGUAACUUCAAUUUUUAAAGAGGAAAAUAAAAUAACAAAGGACCUGUUUCAAAUCACAGAGAAGCCAUCUAGGAAUGAAAAUGCAAAUAAAAUGGAAUGUCCUACCUCAACAAGUAUGGAGGAAGAAGCUAUUCAGGGCAUGCUGUCAAUGGCAGGAUUGCACUAUACCACUUGUUUACCAAGUCAUACUCAGACCACAGACAGCACUGAACGAAGAAGCUUUGUUCCAGAUCACAGAAGCUAUUCCAAAAAUAGGCAUAAAGAUAAAAUGUUUUCUCAGAGUUUUAAACCAGAAUAUGGCAAGCACAUAAAAGAUGAAAAAGAAAUGGGAGAUGCAGUAUUUCUUACACCAUUACAUGCAGUUUCUAAAAUCAGUCCUCAGGAGGCAGGUAAAACUCAGAAACAUGUUAAGAAAGAAGUUGCAUCUGAAACCUGUUACAGAAUUCAAGAAAACAGGAAUCCUGUGCAAAAUAAUGGAAUAAACUUUCAGCAUAGCAAAUGUAUGCAGGACUGCAACUUAAUUGACGAGGAGUGCAGAUUAAGUGAUAGCGGUCUCAGCUCCGACCGACCAUAUGGUGAAGCAUCCACUGUACCUCUUCAUCCAACCAAGCGGCCAGCAUCAAAUCCACCCCCCAUUAGCAACCAGGCAACAAAAGGCAAGCGUCCAAAGAAAGGAAUGGCAACUGCCAAACAACGGCUCGGGAAAAUUCUAAAACUGAACCGAAAUGGCCAUGUACGAUACUUAGUUUGAUGUAGUAGCUGCUUCUGCUCUUCUUCACACAUAGACCAGUAUUGAGGAUAACAGUGCCUGGAGCUUCUGUUUUAUUCCUCUGCUUGAAGCAGAAUGCAUGUAUCUUAUUUGAACAUUGCCUGAUGAACAAAAACCCAAUGCUGCAUUUUCACUGUGCCACAUCUGCUGAGCAAUAACUUUUGGGAAAUGAAAAUAUUUGAAAAGACUAUGAAUUGGAAAAUGGUCUGUUUUUCAGGGCUCAUUUUGAUGCUUUGGUAGUGUCGGAGCUAAUUCAUGAACAGAAGAGUGAUGAAAGUGGUUAUCAAUAAUUUAUUUGUCAGAUAUUGUCAAGGAUUGAAUUCAUUUUAAGCUAUUUAUUUAGAAACCUUUUGGGGGAAUUAUUUUAAUUUUAAAAUGUCAAAAUGUGAAGGUUUUAUUUGUCUUUAAUGUCUGUCUGCAAGUGGAGAGAGCUGCAUUGUUUGUUUUGAAUUCAAGCAUUUGAUAUAAAGAUAAUAGAUUUAAAACAUGGACAUGAUAUAUUAUAUGAUUUAUUAAGUUAAGGACAUGAAAUCACAUCUUAGAUUCUGUUGUUUCUAUACAUCAUCAUGGAUGACUUUUUUACUAACUCCUAAAGUACGAAGUCUCUGGUAGUUUAGUUCAUUGAAAUGUCUUCCCUCAUUACUUCCAUUUCCUCUUCCUGUUUCACCAUUUAUUCUGGAUUAUAAAUUAGCAUAACAUAAGCAACAUUUGCUUUAUCCCUUCCCCUUAUUUUAUUUCCAUGGUGUGGAAAUUAAUCCAUAGCCGUCACCCACGUAGGACUACAGGUAAUGAUUUAAGUAUAGACAUUUAAAUACAUUUUGUGAAGAAAGACUGUUAUAGUGGCAGAGUAUUGUUUGAUUGUCUACAAAUGCCAGCUGAUUAAGGUCUUAAGUCAUUUUUGUAAAUAUGUAAAUAUGUUUGAUAGCUUUUGAAGUUUAGUAUGACAUAUUUUAUGUCAUGCUUGGCAAAGAUCUGAUAGUAAAUGCCAAUUCUAAAAUGCAUGUAUAUAACCUAGAUGAAAAAUCAUAUUUUUGUAAGAUAAAGUUGAAUAUUUAAGCUCUUUUGGGGAAAAAUGGGAAAGCAUCCGACUACCACUUUACUAAGAGGGCUAUUCAGUACCAGAGGAGGAAUAUUAGGGAUACUGCUUUAAUAGUUUGGUUUUCUUAUUGAUCAAGAGUUAAAGCAUGGCCAAAGCUACUCAGCCGCUUGACUUUCUUAAAUAAACUUUCCAGCCUUCCAGGCCUAUCUAAAAUAACAUCUCUAGAUGUCCCGAAGUAGGACCUUUCUGUGCUCUAUAGUUUUAUAUUCAGUAUUUUCUGCAUUUGUGUGCAAUGUAUCUGAAUUAAACUAAUUAUACUUUUUGUUGCAUAUCAAACUAGUCACUGCAGGUACGAGGACUUAGCUAAUUUCAAGGUUGUAGUCCUCAGUGACAUUGCCAUUGCCCCAUUUAAAUGAAUAGAUUGUUUCUAUAACUGUGAGGGAGUGAUAGCCAAAAAUUUAAGCUAAUAUUCCUAGAAUGAAAUCUGAAGAAGUAUUUUUUUUUUCUGUUAAGGAAAAGUAGGCUGAUUCUCUAUCCCACAUGCAGCAGGUCCCUUUCAAAUCAUUUUGGAGGGCUGAGGGUGAUUUCUCAAACAGAUGGGGAAGUUAAGAGGGAAGUUCAAUUGCAUGAGUGUACUGCAUUUGGGUAAUAAUAGAUUUCACCUUCCUUUAGGAAGUAAGCUCUGUCACAAUAAAUAAAAAAGAUUUAAGAAUACACUGAAUGAAACUGAAGAAUAAAGGAACAAAAAUCAAACAGAUACAAUAUAUCUGAGGUUUUGAAAAAAAAAGUCUGUUUUUCUUGGCCUUCUUCAGUUUUCUUAGCAUACAAAUGUCAAAUGUAGGAAAAAAACAAGACUGGAAGAAUCUCUUGACUGCUGGCAUUGCCAAGAGAAUUGAUUACGGUGAAAACUCAACAUUGGAAAAAGAACAGAUUUACUAAUCAGUUUUAACUCAUUUUUUAUCAUAAUAAUAUUUAUACAAAUCACAUUUUUUUAUCAUAAUAAAAAAUGAAAGUUUCAAGAGUCAUAUCUUCUAACUGGGCUAUGGUACAUUAAAAUAUGUGCCUGUACUGUGUAUUUUCCAUGUGUUUUAAACUGCAUUCUGUCCUUUUUUUUAGGCAGAAAAACUGUUAGAAAAAAACUGGUUUUGAUUUAGUUCCAAUUAUCAUAAGCCAUAUUUUUAAGCAGUUUAUUUCUUCUUGUGAUAUUCUAGCAUCAUCUGUUAUGCAAAAAAACAUUGAGGCUACAAUUAACUGAAUGAUAAAAACAUUAAAAUUAUAUUUUUAUUGAUCAGAAUAACUGAUAAGUGUCACAACUGGUCUGAUUUCUCUGAGAAUCAUAAUCAUUAAAAUGCAUACCUGCAGAAGAGAGAUAGAUAGUGAGGGAGAGAAGGAGUAGGUUUCAGAUAGACUAUUUUCUAUUCCAUUUUUCUCAUUUUCUUCCCAGAUGCCCAUGCCCAUAAAUUGUUCUCUGUUGUUAUGAGCAUAGAGAUAUCUCUUCUUAGAUUACUAAAAUAAAGAUGCUGAUAAAUUUCUGGAUUUCAUGUUUCAAACACAAUUUGAAGCAAAUCUUUUGUUACCACCUCAGUAAGGCUAUUUCUUAGACUUUGAAUGAUUUGAGGAAGGCAAAGUUAAAUAUUUCUAUCUAAAUUAAUGGUUUUGAAAAAGCAAAUAAAUUAUUAUAGUAAUAUAAUGAAAUUACAGUGGGCAAUCUCAUUUGUACGCUAGUUGCUUUAUUUAUACAAAUCACUGUUGCACCAGAUUUUACAUUUAUAUCAGAUGUCUGAAUUUCUUUAUGUAGCCCCCUACUUGUUUUAUGUUCUUGAGGGCAAAAAGGAUAUUGAAGUCAAAUUUGAUAUAAUUUUGCUCUAUCCUCAGUAGAAUCUGUAUUCAGAGAAAGAUUCUUUUAUAAAAGUAGGCAUUAGUAUUUCAGCUAUAGUUUAGAAUUAGUUUAGACCUCUUCCUCCCUAAACCAAUAGGGUAAAAUAAAGUAUUUUGGAUUAUGUUGAAAACAGAAGGAAAACAGAAUUUUAGAGCAGCAAUUUUAGCAGCAUCAUUCUAAGCCGCAUGUCUCAUUGUCCAAUA